AUUUCCACAAAGAUAUGAUAGGACUCACUGGUACAUACGAACAAAUAGCAAAAGUUGCAAAAAGUUAUCGAGUUUAUUUCAGUCGUCCACCUAAGGUAAAGCCUGGUGACGAAUAUUUAGUAGAUCAUUCAAUAUUUUUUUAUUUAAUGGAUCCGAAUGGUCAAUUUGUUGACGCUUAUGGAAAAAAUACUACCGCUGAUAGUGUUACGGAUAGUGUUAAAGGACAUAUUAAAAAUUUUAUUGAUAGGGGUGGCCUGGCCAUCGUGGGCCAUUUACAGCCUAGUCCCACCCUAGAUCGGCUUGUCAGAUUCUUCAACCAUGUGCCGAGUCUUGACAAAGUUUUAAUGCUGGUACAAUACUUUUCUAUAGUCCUGACAUGGUUUUUUUCACGUUCUGGCAGGACCUCCUUGGCUGAACGCAUCAAUAGCCUAGGAGUCCCGGUAGCCGAUAUUAGGAUUUUGUUAAG